AUUAUCUUUUGCAUAUCAAUUAUCAAUUUGUCGUUCUUGGGUUGUAACAUUUGAGGUGAAGUUUUGCUAAUUAAUCGCCCAAUUUUCAGUAUUUUAAAACUAUUUAUUCGAAAAAAUGGCGAGUCAGAGUCAAGGAAUCCAACAACUCUUAGCCGCUGAGAAGCGAGCUGCAGAAAAGGUGGCCGAUGCGAAAAACAGAAAAAUCCGAAGAUUGAAGCAGGCAAAGAAAGAAGCUGACGACGAAAUCGAAAAAUACAGGCAGGAGAGAGAGCGUCAGUUUAAAGAAUUCGAAGCCAAACAUAUGGGCUCUAGAGAAGAUGUAGCUUCCAGAAUAGAAGCUGAUACGAAAGCGAAAAUCGAUGAAAUGACUCGUCAAGUUAGCGCCAACAAAGAGCACGUCAUCACCAAGAUUUUGGAAUUGGUUUACGAUAUCAAACCAGAACUUCAUAAAAAUUUCAAAGCUAUUGUAUAAAUUAAUCUAAAUUUAUUGUAGAGUAUCAUAGCAACUGUAUAAAAAUAUUGAUCGAAUAAUUGUUGAAUUUUGAAGUUAACCUUAAACCCUGAAAAGAGGUAUUUCAAAUUGUUGCUGUACAUUCCAUGUGUAUAUCACAGAAGUCAUUUUAAAUAUAUUGUAUCACAAGUGCAUUUUAAUUAUCAUUUUGCGUUUUAUUAGCAAUACGAAUUUUGAAUUCAUUACCAUGUUUUAAAGCAACGUGUAAAAAAGUAUUUAUUUUUAAAUAAAAUUGGUUUUAUGUUACAUCGA